AUGGAUUCUAGUGAUUCUAAACAACUUAAGAAACAAAAAUCUGAACCCAUUCUAGUUCAAAAUACACUUCAACGUGAAUAUUAUAAUACCAAAUAUGCCUCUCAUAUUAUUCCUGGACUAUAUUUGGGAAGGUUGAAUAGUUUGAUAGCUGCUUCAGAUCAAAGUUGGUUAAAGGAGCAUAAAAUUACACAUAUCCUUACGGUAGCUGAUAGCAUUUCUCCUUCUUUUCCUGGUUUAUUCAAGUAUAAAGUAAUUUCAAUAAGAGAUCACCCAUCACAAAAUAUUUCAAGACAUUUUGAAGAAAUGUUUGAGUUUAUACAAAGUGUUUUAGACCAAGAGGGUGGAAAAAUCCUUGUUCAUUGUCAUCAAGGUGUUUCACGUAGUGCAAGUGUGGUCAUAGCUUAUAUCAUGAGAUCGCAACAAGUAUCAUUGGAUCAUGCGCUCAAACUUGUAAAGGAAAGAAGAUCGGCUAUUCGAUAUUGA